GCAUUCACAUGGUCAUGCCACUAUUUGAAAGGGCCAUAUAGCUAGCAAGAAAAUUAAUCAGUCCACAGAAGGAAUAUGAGCAACUGAGAGAGAGAGAGAGAGAGAGAGAGCCAUGGGAAGACCUCCUUGCUGUGAUAAAGUUGGAAUCAAGAAGGGUCCAUGGACCCCUGAGGAGGACAUUAUUCUUGUUUCUUACAUCCAAGAACAUGGUCCAGGGAAUUGGAGAUCUGUUCCUACCAAUACUGGGCUGCUCAGAUGCAGCAAAAGCUGCAGGCUUAGAUGGACUAAUUAUCUCAGACCAGGAAUUAAGAGAGGAAAUUUCACACCUCAUGAAGAAGGGAUGAUAAUUCACUUGCAAGCUUUAUUGGGUAACAAAUGGGCAGCAAUUGCUUCAUAUCUUCCACAAAGAACAGAUAAUGAUAUAAAGAAUUACUGGAACACUCACCUGAAGAAGAAGCUGAAAAAGUUUCAAGCUUUGGACCAUCCCAUUGCAGCACAUGACUCGUCAUCAACAACAACAACAGCAGCAAAUAACCAGUUUGUGUCAAAAAGCUUCUACGAAAGAUCAAGAAUCUUAAAUUCCAGCCCAAAUUCUUCAACUCUCAGGCUCAACCAAAACUCCUCCACCUAUGCAUCAAGCACAGAGAACAUUUCGAGGCUUCUUGAAGGUUGGAUGAGAUCAUCUCCAAAGCCUGGUAACAAUCAUGCCACUAAUGAUCUAUUCAAAGAGAAAUGGAACCAAAACGACAAUAACUUGGAGAACCCAGAUGGAAGCAUUGGUAUUUCAGCGGCUACAACUUCUCUGCAGUGUUACAGGCCAAAAGCUGACCAAGAACAUGGCGGCGGCAGUGGUAAUCUGAUUUCUCAUGAAGAGUUUGAGUCCAUUUUAUCUUUUGAGAACUUAAACACUGUUGCAUGGGACAAAUCAACUCGUGAUUUUACCAAUAAUUUUUGUGCUGUAAAUGGAAUAAUCCAUCAAGAUUCUGCAAGUGAAGAGAAGGAGAAUGAUACUAUUGCAGCAGAGAUCAGGAAGCAGAAAUCUGAUAGUAAUCCUCCAUUAUCAUUUCUUGAGAAGUGGCUUCUUGACGAAACUACUGCUACUGUUCAAGUGGAAGAGUCCAUGGAACUGUCUCCAAUAUUCUGAUCAUGUUCUCGUCCUAUCUUUUUUUUUUUUUUGGAAUUUUUUUGGGCUACAAAUUAAUCAAUGGAUCUUAAAAAGGGUUCAUCAGGGAAGGAAAGAAAAAGAAAGAAAAAAAAAAGAAGAAGUGAUCUGAUCUCUCUAGGAUAUAAUCUUUAUUAUUAUUUUUUAAGCUGGGGUUCUGAAGUGGGAAUCUCUUAAUUAGCAAAUGUAGUUAACUUUAUUCUGAUUGAAAUAACUAAGCAUUUCCUCUCUUUAAUUGCA